AUGGCGUCCCACGACCAAUCCCAGGGUUCGGCCGCCUCUCCCGGAAAUAUGGACAGCCACCAUCGCAGCGUGAGCCCGUCACCCCACAAUCAGCAGUAUCACGACCCAACCUCCGGCUUGGGCCUGGAUCCCUCCAUGUCCGCGGCCUUCGCGACAAACCAGCCCUUCAAUAAUGCCGACCCGGCCAUGGCAGGCGCAGACUCAUACGGCUAUUCGGGUGGCUACCUGUCCGCUGCCCCGCCAGCGCAGAGCCUCGUUCCACCCUCCGACCAGCAGUUCCCUCCAGCGAUCAACACCGGAAACAUCCCUAUCUCGCAAUCCUUUGAUCCAAACCUGGUCAAUCAAAUGGAUCAGGGACAGGCCGGGCUGCGACUCCCGCAGCCGGAUGAGAACUUCUCCAACCUGCUGAACACGAACCCCGCCGACUUGGACUACUCCGCGUACCAGAACCAUAGCCCCCAUAGUACCAACGCAUCGGAAUACGAUUCAUCACUCCUCCUUGACCCCCAAAUGCAUCAGCGUCCUUCCCCAAUGCACCAGGCAAUCAACCCGGCCGAUCUCGUCAGCCCGAUCUCCAAUCCCUCCGCCUCCUCGCACCCUUCCUCGCAAGAUCAACAACAAUCGUCGCCGGGCCCCAUCUCCCCUCCUGGCUCGACCCCGGGCACGUACUACACACCCCAACACUCGCGACACACCUCCUUGGACCCGUCCACGGCGGCGUAUCUGAGUGCGCAGUCAAACGCGGAUUGGGGGUCGGUCAUGAACAAUACCGCAUUCCAGGGCCACCGGAGAGCACCGUCUGAGGUGUCGGAAGUGUCUUCGGCCAACCAUUCCCCGUACUUGUCGCAGCACGAGUAUGAUGGUAUCGAGAACAAUCGCUCACCUUCCUUGGCCCCGCAAAGCGACCCCGCGCUAUACGAUAAUGCAUUUGGUAUCGAACAGUUCACCCUGUCGGAGCAGCACCAACAGCAGGCCUUCAGCCCUCUUCACAGCCCGUACAUAUCGCCUCGUUUGAUGCCACAGCAGGGGGGCGAAAUGGUGCCGACUAAUGGGGCCUAUCUCAAUGCCAACAAUACUUCCCAAUUCCCGCCCGCGCCGACCGACAUGUACGGGAUGCCGGGAGAUGCCAUGCUGAACCAGGGUCUCGACAAUGCUGGUGCCGAUAUUGGUCAGGCGUCUUCAAUGGCUCCUCCUUCUAUCAACGUGGAGUUUGCUCCUCCAUCAAGAAAUCCGAGUUUCGGUCCCUCUAAACCGGCGACUGACCUGGACUCAUUGAGUCCCCCAGCAAUGCGUGAGUUACAGUCAUGGCGUUUCAAUUUCGAAUCACGAGACACUAAUAUCGUGACAGGUUCCCGCGUGCGCAGCAAAUCCGAUCCUUACACCCAGACCGCAUCUCGGUCAAGAUCCCCCGCCAAUUCGGCCACCAGUCUGGAGCCCGUGGCCCCAAGUACCCCACGCUCGCUAUCUCCUCAUUCGCGCAGCAGCCCCGGCUCACGCGAUGCAUCGCCAUCUCGCUCAAACCGACGCCUUUCCACUUCGUCCAUCGAAAGCCGAAAUUAUAUUUUGGAUUUGGCCGACCCCCUGCGUCCCGGUGCAGCACCCGGAGAUUCCAAGCGGGUCCAGAAACACCCAGCAACAUUUCAGUGUAAUCUCUGUCCAAAGAGGUUCACCCGUGCCUACAACCUGCGCUCCCAUCUACGAACCCACACCGACGAACGACCAUUCGUGUGCACAGUCUGCGGCAAAGCAUUCGCCCGCCAACACGACCGAAAGCGCCACGAAGGCCUCCACUCCGGCGAGAAGAAAUUCGUCUGCCGCGGCGACCUCUCAAGAGGCGGAAACUGGGGCUGUGGCCGUCGGUUCGCGCGCGCCGAUGCCCUAGGCCGCCACUUCAGAUCUGAAGCAGGCCGCGUCUGCAUCAAGCCCCUCCUCGACGAAGAAUCUCAAGAGCGCGAAAGAGUCCUUAUUGACCAACAGCAACAACCCCAACAGUCAUCCGGGCAUCUCCAACCCGUGCCACAGCCUCUUGUUAUGCCCGGGGCCCCUGGCAUGGACGGCCAGUCCGGUAGCAAUUUCAUUCUCCCCGCAGCGCUUCUGGCACAGUACCCCGCCCUCCAGACCUUGCAGUGGGAUCAAAUCCCCGCCGCAGGCGAUGACCCGAGCGACAUCGGCGGUCGCAGUAGCUUCGACGCAAGCUCGGGUGGUGAAUUCGGCUUUGAUGAAGAUGAGUCGGGGAUCAGUAGUGUCUCGGGUGUGAGUGGUGGGUAUGCAAAUAAUCAGGGUGGGAUGUACGGUGGUCAGAUGUUGGGUGUUAAUCCUGGUGAUCCGGGGUACCAGGAUCAAAAGUGGAGUGGAUGA